AAAUAAUAAAAGAAUGAGUUCCCCUACAAACUUUCCCAAGCUUUGUGAUAUCAAUGAUACUUCCUACCUAUAUCCUGAAAACGUGUUUUCCAGCAUUGCCAGUGCUGAACCUGAAGACGCUUGUUCUCUCUUUAGUCUCUCGAUGAGUUCUUCCGAAUCUUACCCCGCUCGGAUUUGCAAUAACCCUGAUCCUCUUGAACAGCAAGCAUCUAAUGAAAUCUGAGGUAGAUCUAACCUGGACGAUUUUAGUAGCUACCUGAGGAAAACUGUAAAUGAGGGAGAGUCUGAAGGUACUUUUGUGGAGAAUCCAAAAUCUGGCCCAGCAAUUCCUCCUCAGGAAAUCUCUAUCAAAAACCUAACAAGUUCUAACAGAAGAGAUGUGGCUUAUAAAUCAGCGAUCAGACUUCUCAGGAAGUUUUACAGAGAUCUUUUCAAAGCUAAAAAUCCGGAUAUCGUCCAGAAGACCUACCUCAAGUGCACUCUUGAACAAGUUUACGAAAGAGUCCAUAUUAUGCUAGCUGGGUUGAUUCCUCCUGAAAGCUUUACUGAAGACCUCAUUCACUAUACCAUCGGCAUGAUUGGGAUCAAGAAAGCGCCUGAAUUAGAGUGUUGCUGAGACACCAAGAACCAGGUUAUUGCCUUCCAUAGAUGCGCAAGACAGUUCUCCAGAAUCAAAUUUGAGAAUGCUCUAGAGUCAGAGAACCUGAGAGCUCUAGCCUGGUGCUUGGUACAGGAGUUAGAUGACCCUAGAGUAAAUAUCUUUAUUGAAGAGUUGAGUUCAACACUGAUCGAGUAAAUUAAGCAGUAAAGAUGAGCUUCGCUCCCCUUCUGGAGUGUUUCAGUAAUUUGAGAAUAUUUCUCCUCCUAACUUCCAGAAGCUUGUGGAUGAACUCUCAACGCACGAUCAUUAAGUU